AGUGCCAUCUGUUAUUCAUAUUUUCUUCGUCUCUUUUACGUUUCUCUGGCCUUGUCGAAUAAUAAAUUCACUCCAGAUACAGAAAUUUUUGAAUCUCCCGCCACUGAAGAUUCUCCUGCCGUGAGGUUCACUCGAUCAGAUGUUUACGUGCUUGGUGGCCUCGUUGACCACAACCAUCAAAAGGGCCUCUGCUACGGACAAGCCGUUGAGCGGGGACAUCGUACAGCCAGAUUGCCAUUGAAUCAACGUACUCUGUCUGGAAGACGUCUGAAUAGCCGGCACGUGCUUAGCCUGGUCCACGCUUUCCAAGCUCUAGCCCUUGUGCUAUCUGGCUCUAAGACAUGGACUGAGAGCCUAAUUGAAGCCAUUCCUGCACGGAAAUUCCAUGACGACGUCUGA